AGUAAUUUAAUAUCAAACAGAUUGUGGUUAUUUUAUAAAUUUGUGUUUAUUAAAUGUAAUCGUUUUGAUUUCAAUAAAUAAUUCAUAUGUUAUACAUGUAAUGGCUUUUAUCAACAAAUUUUUUUCUAUUAAAAAGAAGAAUCCUAAAAACAACAAUGAUAAUGGUUGGGCUGGUUUUACAUUUUCUGAUCAACAAGUGCGCAUUAUAUUAUUUCGUGAAUGUGAAUGGCAAAAUCGUCAGUUACUCUUUGACUCAUCGGCUGUUCGAAAAUUAGUUGUAAAUGGCACAGCAACAGCGUCUAAAGCUUCAUCAAUUGGAGCACAUCCAAAUAAUUCAAAUUCCUCAAAUAAUAUUGAUAGUUUUUCACAGUCAACAAAUUCUCGUAAAAUAUCAACAGAUAAUACAUUGUCACAAAGACAAUUGUCCACAAGUCAAAUAGAAGAAAAUCAAAAUUCCAAUAAAAAAACAUCUGCCAAUGAAGAUGUUCAAACGAAAACGACACUUAUUGAAACAUCAAAUGGUAGUGUUUAUCAGAUUAAUCGUCCUAACGGUGAUAUCAACAUGCUGGGCGAAAUGAUAUUUGGCAGUGCUGCUUUAACAUUCCGUGGUACAUGUUUAAAAAUUCAUUCACUUCGAUCAAAUACUGAUUCAACAAAAAGUAUAAUGUGUACUCAUAUUUUUUGUCCACCUGUUCGAACUAAUCAACGUCCUAGUAUUACAAACCGAAAUACCAAACCAUCUAGUUUACUAAGUUCGACGACUAGUGAUUUGUCAUCUACAACAUGUACAACCACUACAGAUUCUUUAAAAUGCGGACAAAAAAGUUGGCCAUUAGAUGUUCCUCGAAUAGAUACAAUGGAAUCAGAUUCUGGAAUAGAACAAUCGGCAGGUAGUAGUGCCUCUAGUAUGGGUCCACCAUCAUUUAUGUCGCUUGAUGCUAAUUUAAAUGAUAAAUUUUCUAAUUCUAUAAGUAUAAAUCGUCGUACAUUUAGAAAUUUAACUACAUCCUUAGAUUAUUGGCCAUCAUCUUCAUAUCAUAGUAAUACGAAUUCAGGACCAGUAUGUGGGAAUUCAUACUCAUCUACACAACAUUCCGGUUCAUAUAAUGAAAAUGCGAAUGCAACAAAUUCCAUAAAUGAUUUUUAUAGACGUAAUAGUUCAAGUACUGAAGAAUCUUUAAGUAAUAGCUGUUCGACUAGGGUCAAAUUAGGUUUAGCUGUCAUCAUUGAAUUAACAUUAGCACAAGAAAAAGAAUUAGAAUUAUAUUUGUUGGAACACAUGCCUAUUUUGGAUACAAUUAUGUGGAGGCUACGAGAUUGUGUUCAAAGAGCAUAUUGGUGGCGUAAAACAUCAUUUAUUCCAAUAAUGAUGGAUGGAAGUAAAGAAGCUGCAACAUCAAUACAAUUGCUAAUGAAUUCGAUAAAUAAAAGUGUAUUAACAAUGCCACCAUUUCCAUUUUUUUGGUACCAAGAUGGUCUAUCAUUUACAAAUGACUUAAGCUGUAGUUCAACAUCUAGUAAUGAUGAAAUGAAUAAUAAAAAUGACUUAUUGAAUUCAACUUCGCCAACAAACAAUAAAAGUGAUCUAUUUUGGAAAAUGUUUUUUAAGACUGAUUUAACAAUUUUAACGCGUAAUGAAACUGAAAUUGAAAAACUUGUUCGAGUUUUUUGUGAUUUGUUAAAAUUAUUAGAUAAUAAGGAUACUAACUUUUUCUUUAGCGCAUUAAUUACUGCAGUACUUACCCAUCACUUGGGUUGGAUUCUAUCAUUCAGUAGUCGUAAUGAUUUAAAUGAAGAAAUUUUACCACCGUGUAGUGCUUUGUGGACCCAGCUUAGUGAAAUGAGUGGUGCUAUUGGAUGUCCAUCAAAAUUUGCACAAACGGUUGUUGUUGGAAAAACAGAUAAAUACAUGAUCGAUGUUUUAUACAUUUUGUCAUAUUUUACCAGGUUUAGUUCUAUAUUAAGAAAAAAUGAAGUACGUGUAGAAAAUGAUAAGGAAGAAGAAAUUUUUAAUGAAACAUUACAAAGACUGAACAAUAUUAAUAGAAAUAGUAAUAAAAAUAUUAAAAUAGUUAAUAAUAAUGUAGACGAUUUAAAGACUAAACAGGUGAUUAAUAAAACAAAUGUUGUUGAUAACGCUGAAGACAAUUUAUAUGAAAUGAAAAAUUUAAGUACUAAAGAUUUAUGUUCUUCAUAUUCUAAAAAAGACCAAUUAUUUACCACCAAGAAUUAUUAUUGUGAUGAGUGUAUGAAAAUAUUAUCAAUUAGUGAAUGUUGA